AUGGGUUACAGGAGGAUCAUCCUGAAAAGCGACAACGAAGUGUCGAUCAAAGCGCUGAAAGACAGCAUCAAAGCGGCAGCUAAAACAGAGCUUUCCCUCGAGGAGGGGAAAACGGGCGAUAAGCCGUCCACGGGAAGUGUCGAGUCCGCCGUGAAAGAGACCAAGAGGCAGUGCAGAGCCAUGAAGAGCGCGUUGGAGGAGAAGCUGGGGAAAAGCAUUCCCGAUCGUGCCCGAAAUUCAGCGACAGAGCGCUGGAGCCAAGAAAGCUGUCAAGAAAGGUGUGAAGAUGGUCGAGACGCCUUGCGCGACGAACACUUAUGGCACGAUUCGAAAACGUGCUAUUUAGAGAACGUCAGCGACAUCCUCAGUGCAGAGAUGCGGCCAGUCAUGCGGCUGAUUCUGGAGGCUACAGCGCUCUUUUACGGACUGUUGGAAGCUAGUUGGAUUCAAACGCCUCGGAGUUUCGAUCAGGAGUUCAGCGCUCGGAACUUCGUGCUGCAUUGGGCCACGGUGACGGGCAAGAACUGCGGAAUUCAUGUUGGGAGCCUUCUCCGGAAGUUGCUGGGACUGCUCGGGUUCUUGACGGAUCCUGACACUCCAGGAGUGGAGAAACUUGUCAUCUCCGCGUGUCGCCCCGAAGCCAACAUUUGCCCGCCACACAACAUCACCAACGCUGACAUUUGUUGCAAUGACAAACGUGGGCUGGAGCCCAUGAACCUGAUGUAUGUCAAGGGUUGGAGUCGAUCUUUGGCAGCUUUGACAGUCCUUGUGUGCGUGUGGGACUGCCCAGAGUUCAAGCAGGAAUGGAACUCCUCCCACAAGGUCAUGGCAGGCAUGCAGGUUGGCCCAAAGGAAGCCGCGGCGGCUUUCCACCUUCUGAAGUGCAUCGAUGAUGACAUCGUCCUGUCCAUAAUGCAGGACACAGUCCCUCCAAUUGACUUGGAGCGGGUGGCGCUGUUUCGCAGUGCGAUCAAGAAAUUCGAGAAACAGGUGUCGCCAGCUUUUAAGGCGGACUUGCAGGCAUUGAAGGUUUACAGCGAGAAGCAACAGCAGGACGCAAACCGGCAGGCUGGGAGCCUUCGAUGUUUUUAUCCUCAGCAAGCUUACAAUUGCAAUCAGGGUGGGCUCGACCUCCAGUACCUCACGCAGAGGUUUCAGAGAGGCCAAAAGGAUGUGGAGAAGUUCAUGGCUGAGAGCCAUAAGUAUGAGUGUGUGGGCCAGUUCAGCGAUGUUCAUGCCAACCUCUUGGACUGGCAAUCAAAAGAAUCCAGCAAUUCCAACAGCCCGUACAAUGAGUGGGGAAGGGCGAGCUUUGAUUUACAACUCGCCAAUUUGCGACAACAGGAUGGAGACCAUCUGAACUGGCAUUUCUGUGCCUACUCCACUCAGGAAGACGGUGGCUUGGAGGCUCAGGCCAAGCUGAUGCAUGGUCAAAUCUACCGAGACUGGUGGGACAACAGCGAAGGUGCAGGGCCCAAAACACGGGCUCGGAGCAGUGAGAAGACCAGCUUGCCUACGUUGCCCGCCGCUCUGGCAGAUUCACUGGGGGAUUCAUCGAUGGACUUGAAGCGAAAGAUUGAAGAAUUCAAUCAGACGUGUUGCUUAUUUUCUGGUCAGGGCCAGAGUCCUACUGUUAGGUUGCUUGCAAGAGCCCCAGCUUUUGGCAACGCCAAACUGGAGCUUGUGGCGUGCAAGGAUUACACCUUGUAUUUGCUGAAUACUUCAGACUCUGACACGCUGCAUGUCCCUGCGGGCGAACUCUGUGGAUUUGGCGCUGGCAGUUUUGCAGAAGUCACGCCAGGAGUUGCCCGGAACAACAAGGACCACAGUAUCCCAUGGCUGCUUGAUGGGGACACCCAGCUCUUGAUUUACACAGAUGGAGACACGAAGCGGAUCCUGUGCUUGGCCCAAAUUGCCUGUGCGUGUGGAACCAUCGCCAGCAUUGGUGAAGCCAACGAAGCCAAAGCUGCUGCUCCAGGGUGCCCUUACGCUCCCACCUUUGACAGCAGCGCUGAUCAAGUGAGUCAGCAAGUCUCGCCUUAUCGGCUUUUGAGACAGCUUUGUGCUUGA